AUGCAGCAGUUUCGGUCAGAGCAGCCAGUUUCCUUCUGCUGGGGACAGAGCGAAGAGGAAGCCAUACGGCCGAUGCCCCCUGCGACCGGGCUGGCAAACCCAGCAGCGCAGCCGGGCCGGUGGUUCCAUUCCCGCCUCCUCCCUGGGCCCUGCAACAUGCGGACGCCGUCGGUGAUGAUCGUGGGCCUGGUGCUGAGUCCCUGCGGCCUGCUGCUGAACCUGGUCAGCACGCUGACUCCCUGCUGGAGGCAGGUGAGCCGAAUAUCCGGCAAGCCCAUUGACGUGAUCUAUCAGCAGGGCAUCUGGGAGCUCUGCCAAGAGACCCAGAGCACCAGCCAGCGCCAGUGCGGCCUGGCUGACGAACUCGGCUACUUCCCCACGCAGCCGGUGCAGGUGGCCAAGGGGCUGAUGGUCUCCUCGCUGGUUGUGACUUUGGUGGGGCUGGUGGUGGCGGCUCUGGGGGUGCGCUGCUGGCAGGAAGAGCCCCACUACCUGCUGGCAGGCCUCUCUGGCCUGAUAUUCUUUGCCUCCGGGCUGAUGAGCCUCAUCCCUGUCUCGUGGUACAACCACUACCUCAGCGCCCUGCCUGCGCCCGCAGGCAGCACCCUGGAGGUGGGCUACAGCCUGGUGCUGGGCUACCUGGGCAGCUGCCUGGAGCUCAUCGGGGGCUUCUCCCUGGCACUCAGCCUCCACCAGGGCUGCCAGGAGUGCAGGAGAAAGAAGACAACUACCAAAUAUCCCCACCGCAGCCAGCCGGGCCCCGCCACUGUAUCUUCCAGAGACUCCAUGCCCCGUAGCCAGAAGCCGGCUCCCAAGUCCUUCAGCAACCCCGUGGAUGUGCUGGAGGGAGAAAGAAGCUUCAGCCGCUCCCUGCCCUGCGACUCAGACUUAUAGCCCGGCGACAGCAGGCCGGGCAGAUACAGCCCCUACCGGCACGGACGCGGGCAGUGCAGCACUAGCAGAGAGGAGCCCCUGCCAGCGAGAGGCCAAGGCUGGCAGGAAGGGGCACUGUGCUGAACCAGGCCAAUAGCAGCAAGGACCUCUCCCUGCCUCUGUGCAGAAGGACCCUCCUGCUGCAGCAGCUGGGAUGGAUGAGAGUUUGGGACCCAGUAGCUGGAACUGCCGCCAUUUCUGGUGGGCGCUGGACAAGAGGUGGAUAUUUCUGUGUAAGCAGAGCAAGAGUGGCAUUAUUGAUGAUUUGCACAUUACUGCCUGGCCAUGGUGACUUAGACAGUUAACAGGAGGUGGCAGAUAAAAUCUUCAAAAGCACCUAUGUGACUUAGGACCCUCCAGCUCAUUGGAAGUCAGUGGGAUUUAGGCUCCUAUUUGCCUAAAUUACUUUGGGUAAAAUUUUCAAA